AUGAAAGCUUUCAGUUUCAAAGACCACGGCAUUGUUCCUUUAAAUAGAGACUGUCCACACUGCGGGAGUAACUCACUCCGCCGCCCGGGCUCCAUAAGCGCCGAUGUGCUCAUAUCAAACCACGUCCAGAAAAUGCCUCAAAUUUCAUCAUAUCAUAAGAGCACAAUGUUUUGCUGGCUCAGGAUCUUCGUUAAACCAAACCUUGUAUGGGACUGUGGUUGUGCCUCCACACGUACGGCGGCAACUGCUCCCAAACAAGCCAAACGGAUGGAAUCUAUACAGUUGAAGAAGAAGAGGAAGGAAAAGCAGAAAAAAUCACAGUCGUCGGAUUUCGGUCUGAACUCCCGGGAAAGGAAAUCACUGAAGCAGAAGUUGUUACAUGGUGAACAAGGAACAGUUGAAGGUCACAUCUACAAGCAGCUGUAUCCCUGGAAGACAAAGUACGAGUUAGCGGAACAUCUGAAAAGUACACAAGUUUACCACAGUGAUGGUCUUAUUGCUCUAAGUAAGCCUUAUGGAGUACCUCAACAUAAGCCAUCUGCUGCAACAGAAGAAGGCACUCAGACUACUAUCGUACAGACUCUGUUUAGUGGCAGCACGCCCGACCACAUGCCAGCAGUUCAAGACACGUUGCCCAUUCUGAAGGACCUGUAUGGUGUGGAGCAUCUCGAGGUCGUCAAAUCGACUGAGAGAUGGAGCAGCGGUCUUAUUCUGUUGAGUACCUGUUCAAAACUCACCGAAAAAGUCCAGAAAAGUUUAAGACGAUCUAAGGCAUUCCAGCAGCCGCCCCAAACAUUCUGGGCAGUGACUGUGGGUGUUCCCAGGCCUGUAACUGUUGCCACAAAAACUGCCAUCAGUCUGGAGUACAUCAGCGGUAUAGGCAAAGUGCCUGUCAUCCAGAAGAAAUAUUCCCAAGCAAGUGUGAGUAGGGGAGAAGCCAAGACAUCUGUGGUGGAGCACCGAGCUCUAUUGUACAACAAGGACACUGAUGCUUCACUUGUCGAGGUUAACAUCCAGACUCUUAAGUGGCAUUUCCUGAGGGUGUGGCUCUCCCACAGUUACUCCCCAGUCCUCGGUGAUGCCAUGUAUUCAUCCAGAGUAAAAACUAUCUCUGGCAAGAAACUACAAGUCAGCCCACACAACCUUACGUCUUACGAGCCGCAGUUUAUACCAGCGGCCCUGUUCUCAAAACUGGAGCUACCAACAAAGGCUGUAGAAAUGAUCCCCUGCCACUUACAUUUAGCCAAAAUAAAACUUGCUCGGUUCAACAAGGACAACUCCGAUCUGAUCAUCUCGGCUCCACCACCAAGUUACUUCAUGUGGACGUGCAGACAGCUGGGUCUCAUGUCUGGUGAUGAUGGCGUCACGGAGGCAGACAGUGAGGCAACACAACACACCUAGACUGAUGGAACAGGACCUCCAUAAACUAUUUUACAUGUUAGUUGCAUCAUGGUAGAAUUUAAUAAAAGCCAGUUUAUUAUUUUUGUUGUAACAGUACUCCUUGUUAUGAAUGUAAAUAAAAGUUAAAUUUCUGUAAAAAAUUAUUCUCAAGUAUAUGAGUUAAAAUA